AUGAAGCGCUUCCUGGGAUCUCUGAGCAGGCGCUCAAGCUCCAUCGACGUCGUCGAACACCGUGAAGACUCACCAGAAGCCAUUGUCCAGAAAGAAUUGACUGCCUUCUGCGAAUCGAAUGCGAAUGCGAAUGGCUCUUUGCGCGACGCGCAGGGAAACGAAUUCGUCCACCUCCCCAAAAUCGUUGAAACCGCCGAGUCGAGCCCCAAUGCCGCCAAGGAAGCGGCUCUGCGCAUUCGCAAGUAUCUCACCGAUCCCGCCGGCACCCCGAACCAGACCCAGUAUAAUGCGAUCAUGCUCAUGCGCAUCCUGGUCGACAACCCGGGCCACACCUUCACACGCAACUUCGAUGCCAAAUUCGUGACGACUAUCAAAGAGCUGCUACGCACAGGACGCGACUGGCACGUGCAGAGCUAUCUCCGCCAGUAUCUGGACACCCUUGAGCAACAGCGCGCAUGGGACGAAGAUCUCAAACUGCUGCUGCAGAUGUGGGCGAAGGAGAAGACGAAAGCCUCGAACGGUUUGAUUGACCGUUUCCCAAUGAAUUCCGUCAUCCCGCCGCAAGUCCCGACCAGGCCUCACCAUCCCCAUCAGCAGCCAUACAGCCAGUCCCGCGCGCCGGCAAAUACCCUCCCCGGUCCGGUCGAACUAGCAGCGCGCAUCGAGGAGGCGCGAAAUUCGGCAAAGCUGCUGACGCAGUUCGUCCAGUCUACGCCGCCGGUAGAGCUGGAAGACAACGAUCUCAUCAAGGAGUUCAUUGACCGCUGCAGGACCGGCUCGCGGGUUGUUCAAGGAUAUAUCCACUCGACCAACCCGGCUCCGGACGAAGAUACCCUGUUGACGCUCAUUGAGACGAAUGAUGAGAUCUCCGUGGCGCUGUCGCAGCAGCAGCGUGCCAUGCUGAAGGCGCGCAAGAUCAGAGGAUCUUCGUCGCCGAGCUCGUCCAAUUUGAAUAGUCCUUCGCCAACGCCGCAGCCUGUCGCACCAGCCGCUACGAAUUUCUCUCCUCCCCCCGCGCCGCCAGCUCGGACUGCAACACGGAGCCCUGAGUCCCCUGCACCCGUCGCGACACAGCUGCCUUCUCCCGCCAUGGCGGGUGGUCGUCCACUUGCUUCCCAUCCUGUCUCGGGAUCUACGACUACCAACCGGUAUGAGUACAACUCGGAGGAUUUCCAGGUGCGGAAUCCUUUUGCCGAUGACUAUGCCACGAAUGACUCGGAUCAUGAGAGGAAUCGGGUGCAUGGUGAUUCUCAGCCGCAGACUGAUCGCGUGCGCCCCCAGCCCACUGAUCAGGAGCGUUAG